GAGUAUGUUUACAACGGUCACUUAUCAAUUGCUUGUAUCCACGCUGUGAGUGACAAAGCCAUAUAUAACUAGUAACCAUGCAUCAUCUGCUAAUAUUGUUAGGCUGUUUGCUAGUCGGGCAAGUUCACUCGUAGAACAAGCACAUAGAUCGAAACGACCUUCGCUAGACAGAUGAGUUUAUAAAACUUUUCCUUCCUGACUACAAGAAUUGCUUUAAGUGUGAAUUAUUUCGCUAUGGCACCAGUGGAUGGAAUAGACAAUGAGAUUAAAUCAUCAGCCUUGGAACUCAUCGGUAAUACACCGAUCGUUGCUCUCGACCGCAUACAUCCAGGACCAGGCCGAAUCUUAGCUAAAUGCGAGUUCAUGAACCCUGGCGCUUCUGUAAAAUGUCGAUCAUCAUUACACAUGAUACGAAAAGCAAAAGAAUUCGGCGAGCUGCAGCCAGGACAACCGGUCGUCGAAAUAACCUCAGGCAAUCAGGGAUGCGGCCUUGCUGUAGUGUGUUCGGUGUUGGGACAUCCACUUACAGUCACUAUGUCCAAGGGUAACAGUGUACAACGAGCUUUACAUAUGGAAGCUCUUGGUGCUAAGUGUGUCAGAGUACCACAGGUAGAAGGGACAUAUGGCAAAGUGACUAAUGCAGAUGUUCAAGCCCUUGAAGAAGUUUGUACAAAGAUUGUUGAGGAUACCAAAGCAUUUUAUGUGAACCAGUUUAGCAAUAAGGGAAAUUCCGAAGCUCACUAUAUGACUACUGGACCUGAGAUAUGGAGGCAGACCGGACAACAUGUUGACGUAUUCCUAGCAUGUGUUGGAACAGCGGGUACGUUCGCUGGAACUACAAAAUAUUUGAAAGAGAAAAAUCCUAAAUUGUUAUCUUUUGUUGUGGAGCCUGCUGGUUCAGAACCUAUUAAAGGUGAACCGAUAAAGAAACCUUUACAUUUACUUCAAGGUUCUGGAUAUGGGUGGAUUCCAGACUUAUUCAAUUAUGAUGACAUGGAUGGGACUGUCAGUAUAACAGAUGAAGAAGCAGUUAAAUAUAUGGAACUAAUUGGCAAGAAGGAAGGUUUAUACGUGGGGUAUACGAGCGGCGCUAAUGUUGCUGCAGCGGUUAAGCUUCUGGAGUCUGGUCGGGUCCCUAAGGACUCUUGGAUAGUAACCACGCUUAGUGAUACUGGCCUCAAAUAUACACCAGUGCCAGAAGAAUUGACAAAGUAAUUCAGCAGUGAGAUCAUGUUAACUAUCUAUUCCUCCGAUUGUUAUCAAUUAACAGAUUUACAAGUUACUCCUAUUAUGUAUUUGUACGCCUUGGUUACAUGAUAGUAAGUGAUAUGGUUUUUUAAAGUUAAAUACAUAAAAGCAUAAUUAUAUUGAA